AUGUAUCAGCUAUUGGAGAAGACCAGUGAAGAUGAUUAUGACACUGAUGUGGAGCUUGAUGGAAAACCUGGAGAAACUGUAACUGAAGAGCAGGUCUAUCGUAGGGCAUGUGAGGAGGUUGGAGUCAGUCCAAUAUCUUACUACAUUCGGCACCAUCACGAUGCUCACCUUAACCUGAACUACCGCUGCAUGUCACCCAAAGCAGUGAAGGCCUUGUCAAUUGCACUUGUGACAAAUACAGCAGUGACUACAUUGGACUUAGAGCAUGAUGGGAUCAACGCAGAGGGAGUGCAAUAUCUGAUGGAAAUGUUAGUCGAAAAUUGUUUCAUCCAGACGCUGAAUUUGUCCAACAAUGAAUUACGAACAUGGGGAGUGGAAGUAUUGUGUAAAUUGCUUCCACUGAACAUUUCACUUAAGUGCAUCAAACUCUCAGGUAACAAGCUGAAAUGCAAUGCUGCUUCGUAUUUUGCCGAUACUUUAUCCUCUAAUUUCAGAAUUUCAGAGCUGGAUCUCAGUUACAAUCAGUUUGGUGACAAAGGAGCAGAGUUCCUGGGACAAAUGCUAGCAACCAAUGAAAGUUUGGAAAUACUAAAUCUGCAAUGGAACCAGAUUCAAACAGAGGGCGCAGUGGCUUUGAGUGCAGGACUACGGAUGAAUAUCACCCUGAAGAGCCUCAAUUUGUCCUAUAAUGGCUUUGGAAAUGAAGGAGCACUUGCCAUGGGAGAAACAUUGAAAUUCAAUAGCACCUUGCUUGACCUAAACCUUGGCUCCAACCAUAUUAACAAUGAGGGUGUCAACAUGCUGUGUAAAGGACUGGACGUCAAUGAAAAUAUUAAGAUCUUGUGUCUGUCCAACAAUCCUAUAACAGUGGAUAGUGCCAUUCGUCUUUUAGAAGUUGUACGGAAGAAUGAAAAAUCAAACUUGGAAAAGAUCAAUAUUAAUAAUGUACUGGUAAAUGAAAACUUCAUGGAGUUAUUGAAGAGUAUUACUCAAGAUCGUCCACAGUUUGUGAUUGAAACUAAAGGAGUUGGAGGAUCCAUUGCUGGAAGUCGUAAACAUCGACCUGAUCCAAUGAAAGUGAUCCAGGAUUACCUAGAUAAGCACAAACUCCGACUGUCUGAUUUCUUUCGAAACAUGGACAAAGCUGGAAAUAUGAGUGUGCCUAACUCCGACUUCAAGAAAGCUUUACAGCAAUUCAACAUUCCAUUGGAUCUCAUUCAGAUUGAAGAACUACUCAGCAAACUUGACAGAGACAAUACUGGAUCAAUUGACUACAGGAAUCUGGUUGACACCAGGAAGCGGAUGAUCCGGGACCAAAGGGAGCAACUCCAUAAAGAGGAAACCCGCCAGAGGAAAGAGAAACAAAAGACCCAGCGGGUACUUAAAACACUGAACAGUGCAAUGAAGGCCAUCACCCCACGAAAUUCAUUUGUUAAUGUACCUGGUCAGCUAUCGAUAAGCGGGGGUCUGAAUGUGCCCGAUGCUGCCCUCAUCCUGAUGGCCACCUUUGUAAGUAGUUGCAUCAAGCUGAGCACAGACUCUCAGUAUGCAAACACCAAGUGUCACUAUGUACUAAAUUCUAGCUGUCCCAACACUUUUGAUCAUAAGUCAAUCACUCAGUGGUCAGCAUGUAGUGUCCUUGAGACCCUGCGGGAAAAGGGGAUUGUUGUUAUUGUCAGAUGGUUUUCUGAGCAGACUACCAAAGUUAUUUCCUAG